ACAAUUGGCAACAGAAGCAGUUGAACUCUGGAUCGUCAACAAAACAAAUCUAUCAAAUAUGGAUGAAGGAAAAGAUGAAGAAAAUAACAAUGAAGCGAGUGCUGGGUCAUGGUGGGGCAGUUGGCCAACUUGGUUACAAGCUGCGAAAGAAAAGUCUAGCACAGCUUUAGAAUUUAUGAAGAGAGAUCUUUCUGAGUUUUCGCAUGUGGUCCAGACUGAUGCAGUAGCUGCUGUAUCUUCCACAGCAGCUCUCUUGAAAGAAAAAUUAACUAUUGAUAAUGCUGAAUUAGUCGCUGAUAAAGCACGUCAAUCAAUUACCUCUGUUCUUGAAACCAUUACUGAUGCCUUUGUUCCCCAGAAAGAACUAGAAGAUGCAGAGCUUAUGGUAAUUAAAAACUCAGAACCUGUGGUUAUGGACUGGUGGCAGGUAAGGCUGUUUGGUUGAAUAGAUGAAAUCUUG